ACCUGACACUCAACCUUCAGUCAGUUUGUCUGCAGAAGGUAUAUACACACACACACACAUUCCCAAACGUCCAGAACCUCCCCGACUGGACGUACUGUUAAAAUAAUGGUGGCCAAGAUGACGGGACUUUGGACUUCCCAGACACUGUUUGUGAUCAUUGUUGUUGCUAUGGCUUCCGGCAAGGUGGUGGUGAUGGGGGAUGAGGGAGAGGAAGACAAAUCAGAGGAAUUCUUAGUGAACACUCUUAUUAUAAAUGGAGGAGGAGCUUCUAUCUAUUUCCGAGGAGUACCACCCACCGCCUCCCAGCCUCGUCCCUGUCCCUACCCCUUUACUCAGGUAAUGGACGAGUGUUUCUACCUGAGCAAGAAAGAAGUAUCGUGGGAUAGAUCUCUCCAGCAUUGUCGUGGGAUGGGUGCCUACCUGGCCAUACCGAGACACCUGUAUGCCCUCAACAGCUUCAUCAUACGUACUGAGAAGCUGGAGAAUGGCUACUACGUGCAGGUUUGGCUCGGAGGCAAGAAACAAGCAGACGGAAGGUGGGCUUGGCUGAAUGAAGAGACACUCAAUGAAGAAGACUGGAGCAGCAAACACUCGGAAACGUCGCCAGGGAGUGACUGUCUCUACUGUAUGAACAUCCCCAACGUCAAUGACCAGCCUCUCCUUAGCGGCAACUGUAACGCUACCAUGAGAUUUGUGUGUCAAGUGAAGUUGGAAAAUGAGUAGUAGAGUAAUCUUUGGGGGAUAAUGGCUUAACUGGAUAAGAAAGGGUUUAAAACCUUUAGGUGAUGGUUUAACUGGAUAUGAAGGGGUUUAAUACCUUUAGGAUCAUGGUUUAGCACCUCUAUGAUUAUGAAUUAACUAGAUGAAUGGGUUUGUAACACCCUUAGCAUGAUGGUUUAUCUAGAUUAGAGGGGGUUUAACAUUUCUUGGAUAAUAAUAGUUUAUAAUUUAACAUCUUAAGGAUAUCUAACAGGAUAAUAGUUUAACAAGAGGAUGUACGUUGAGUAUAAUGUUGUUUCCCCCUUAAGAAUAAUGGGCUUUAAUUACUCAAAGAUAAUAGUAUAGCACUUUAGAAAUGAAAGACAAACUAAGACCCAAGAAAGCUUAAAUUUUAGUUUAACUCAUUAAUUACAUAUUGUUUAAGCUAGGUCUGGUUAGAUUACUGCAUGUUUCAUUAAGUUCGACUAGUUAUAUUAGGUCAAAUUAAAGUAUGUUACAUCAGGUUGGGUUAAAUUAGGUAGUUCAUGUUAACUAACAACUUGAGAAGAUUUAUCUAUAGAAGGCAAAUGGUCUCCCAUAGUCCAUGAAAAGCCGAAAUUGUUUGAGAGGAUUUUUUUCGUUAUAUUAUUAUUCAAUUGUUUCCACCCUGAUCAUGAUGCACUGUCACGCUCUACAUCCUCAUAUUGCCAAUGUUUACAUCCAGGGCAUUUUGUUUCAUAUGGAGGAAUGCUUCUGUGGUGGGUUAAUGGGUUGUGGGUUAAUUAGGUUAGGUAGGUUAAGUUUGUUACAUUAACUAGGUUAGUUCAGGAUAGCUAGGUCAGGCUUAGCAGCUUGGUUAAUCUGUAUGGUCUACUUGGUUUCUACUAAAUACAGUACAAGCUUGAGACUUGAUCCAAAACAUGUAACUAUGAGCUUAUUCUGUUGCCAAGUGCCAGAAAGUACUCCCACCCUAUCAGAUUAAUAAAGGUUUUCCUUAUUUA